AUGAAGACCCUGCUCCUGACCUUUGGCCUUGGCCUCAUCACUGCCUUGCAGGCCCAGGACCCCACAGCCUCAGAUGAGAAGAAUCAGGAUUUGUCAGGCACGUGGUAUCUGAAGGCCGUGACAGCAGACAAGGAGAUUCUCAAGCAGAAGCCAGAGUAUGUGGCUCCUGUGUCCCUCACGAUCCUGGAGGGGGGCAACCUGGAGGUCAAGUACUCCAUACCGAAAGCAGACCAGUGCCAGGACGUGAAAGUCGUCCUGGAGAAAACUGAUGAGCCAGGCAAAUACACAAUCGAUGGGGGCAAGCAUGUGGUGUACAUCACGGGCUCGCGCGUGAAGGAUCACUUCCUUAUCUACUGUGAAGGCGAGCUGCAGGGGCAGCAGAUCCACGUGCUGAAACUCAUGGGCAGAGACCCUGAAGACAACCAGGAAGCCAUGGAGGACUUCGAGCAGGCCGCCGCAGCCAGAGGCCACCCCUACAUGGAGCGUGGUGAGCGUGCAGUGGCCACCAUCAGUGUGGGCGUGGACCCGCCGUCCUACAGCCCCUGGAGGUCUGCGUGCUUCCCUUUCCCCAGCGCACC